AUGGGUGGAUUAUCGGCUAUUUAUAUCUUAGAUAUACAUGGUAAGACUAUAAUUGGACGGAACUACAAAGGAGAUAUCUCUGAGGGUGGUGUUUUGGAGAUAUUUCAACAAAAUGUAAUAGAUCAAGAGGAAUCUCUGAUUCGUCCAGUCUUCUUAUCUAAGGGUAUUACAUAUUGCUGGGUCAAAUAUAAUAAUUUGUAUUUGGUAUCUCUUACUCGUAGAAAUUCAAAUGCGAUGAUGAUGAUGACGUUCCUAUAUAAGCUUAUUGAUAUACUCAAGGAUUACUUUCGGAUUUUGGAAGAGGAGAGUAUACGAGAUAACUUUGUGAUUCUGUAUGAGCUUCUAGAUGAAAUUAUAGAUAAUGGAUUUCCUCAAUUAACAGAAGUGAAAGUUCUACGUGAAUAUAUUAAAAAUGAAGCUCAUGAACUAUCCUCAGUUUCAGCUGCAGUUUUGGCUUCUACUGGAAAAUCUAGUAGUUCAGUGAAUAUAAAACCUCCAACAGCCAUAUCUAAUGUAAUUUCAUGGAGACCUGAGGGUAUUAAACAUAAAAAGAAUGAGAUUUUCUUAGAUGUUAUUGAGAAAGUUAACAUUAUAAUUGGAUCAAAUGGAGAUGUUGUUAAAUCUGAAAUCAUUGGUACUUUAACAAUGAAAAGUUAUUUGUCAGGUAUGCCAGAGCUAAAGUUAGGUCUAAAUGAUCGCUUAGGAGAUGGUACUAUCUCAAAUAGCCAAAGUAACAGUAGCUCAAGUAAUAAUGGACGUCAAUCCAUAUCAGUACGUAACAAGGCUGUGGAUAUUGAAGAUAUCAAGUUUCACCAAUGUGUAAGACUUGCAAAAUUUGAAAAUGAUCGAACAAUCUCAUUUAUACCUCCAGAUGGCCAAUUUGAAUUAAUGAGUUAUAGGUUAACACCAUCAACAAACCUAAAGCCUCUGUUUAAAAUUGAUGUAGUUGUAGAACAUAUCAGUGCAACCAGAAUCAAAUAUAUAAUAAAGAUUAAGGGACAAUAUAAAAGUAGGAGUAUUGCAAAGAACACUGAAGUUCACAUUCCAGUUCCAAAUGAUGUUAUUAUCCCAACUUUCAAGACAUGUGUAGGAACUGUUAAGUAUGCCCCAGACAAAGAUCUCAUUAUUUGGAAUAUAAAAAGUUUUGCAGGUCAGAAGGAAUAUAUAAUGACCGCAACUUUUGGAUUACCUUCUGUUAACGGUAUUAAUGGAAUAAAAAAACGUCCUAUAACAGCUUACUUUGAAAUCCCAUACUUCACAGUAUCUGGUCUAACUAUUAGAUAUCUUAAGAUAACGGAGAAAAGUGGUUAUCAGGCUCUCCCGUGGGUUAGGUAUAUUACACAAAGUGGUGAUUAUGAAGUUAGGAUGCCAUGA